AUGGUAUCUCCAAAAGUUCAAUCCAAAAACUCUCAAAUUUCGAAUAACAAUAACAUACAGUCAUCUUUAUUAUUAAUAAAUUCAAAUCAAGUGAAAAUUGAAGAUGAACUUGAUGAAAUUAAAAUCUUUUCUGUAUCAACAGUACAUAACAAUGAAUCAGAUGAUGAACCAGAUUAUAGACAGUUUGAUAUUGAAGAUCGACUUUCACCAGUUGUUGAAGAACCUACUAGUCCAAAGAAGACUGAUUCAUUGAAUUAUGAUAUUUCUGGUUUAUAUACAUCACCUUUUCUUUAUCCAUAUUUUCAUCCUUAUUUUAUGGCUGCUGCAGCACAAAUAAAUUCAUCAACAGAUAGAAUAUCAAUAAAUGGACGAAUGAAUAAUCCAUUUGGUACUGUACCACCAUUUGCUGGUAUGCCAUUUUUUCCUUUAUAUCCUUCUGGAAUGAUAAAUCAAUCAUUUCAACCAAGUCUUUUAAAUCCAUUUGGUAUACCAAUACCAACAUCUGAUGUUCAUCCAUCGAGUUCAUCUAAUCGACAACGUCAAUCCUCAUUACCACAUUCUAUUAAUGAUAAACCACAUAAAAAUUUAAAUGCAAUACUUCAUAUGAAACGUUCGAAAAAACCUCAUAUAAAAAAACCUUUAAAUGCUUUUAUGAUUUAUAUGAAAGAACAACGUGCACAUAUUAUAGAAGAAUGUACAUUAAAAGAAUCAUCAGCAAUCAAUAAAAUUCUUGGUCAAAAAUGGAAAGAAUUAUCACGAUCAGAACAAGAUCGAUAUUAUGAAUUAGCAAAAGAAGAACGUAAUCGUCAUAUGCAAAUGUAUCCAAAUUGGUCAGCACGUGAUAAUUAUGGAAUGAAGAAAAAACGACAAAUAGGUCGAAUAGAAAAAAAUUGUUCUCAAGAACAUGAUAAUAGUCUACAAAAAAGUUCAAUAAAUACUUCGAAACAACUUGAUAAUGAUUGUUUAAAUCCGAAGAAAUGUCGUGCUAGAUAUGGUUUAGAAGGUUUUGAUCAAUGGUGUAAACAUUGUCGACGAAAAAAAAAAUGUACAAAAUUUCUUGAAGAUGAUUUAUCAAAUCAUAGAACUUUAAGAAAUCCGUUAAGUAAUGGAAAUCCAUCAUCAGUUGGUUCACAAGCUACACUUCAAUCUGAUGAAGAUUCAACAAAUGAUAUUGAUAGUGAUGAUAUAUUAUCACGACAAAUUGAUUCAAUUGAAGAUGAACAUGAUGAUAGUAAUGAAGAGAAUAAACAACAAUUUUUUUUUUCAUCAUCAAAUUUGCCAUUACAUUUUGUACCUAAUUUUCGUUAUUGA